AUGUCAGACUCUAAACUUGUGGACAUCGAACCCGGUGGUGAGAGCACGCAGUAUGAAUCUAUAAAGGAGUUUACGGUACCGCCUGCGAAGCAAACCGGGCAAUUGGGAGCGCACGAGCCGCAUACGAAGAGCGAACAGUGGCCAUCAAAGGAAACGGCUCCUAAACCCGAAGACGAAGAUGCCGAGUGGGCUAAGAAAAUGGGCAAAGAGUAUACCAGCAGCGGCUUGAAUACUACAGAGGACGGCCGGACGUUUAACGCUCAGGCUAGCGACGCGACGGCCGCUAGGAGCCGGAGACAGCAGGGGUAUGGACCGGGAUCCGGCGUAGGAGCCUGA